ACUUCGCUUCUCAAAUAUCCUACCCCGCGUGUCUGUAUCGACGUUGAAUUCCAGACACUUAAGAUUUCUGUUCACCGGUGAUUAGUGACAGAAGGAAAGGAAUUAAGAUCCAUCAGAAAUGAAUUGGUUUCAUUUAGAUGACUUCCUUGCAGGGUGGAUUGGAGGAGCUUCCAGUGUUAUUGUUGGUCAUCCGCUGGACACAGUCAAGACCCGUUUACAAGCUGGGAAAGGAUACAAGAACACCCUUCACUGUGUCCUCCAAAUCUACAGAAAGGAAACUGUGGCUGGCUUCUUCAAGGGUCUCUCCUUCCCGCUGGCCAGCAUCACCGUGUAUAACUCAGUGGUGUUUGGGUUCUUCAACAACACACAGAGGGUUAUUAGCAAGUUCCGCCAUGGUGACGAGAGGCAGCCGUGUGGCAUGCUGGACAUGACCCUGGCCAGCAUGUUGACAGGGCUGAUGUCAGUGGGACUCGGAGCGCCGGUCGACUUAGUUAAGAUCAGACUGCAGAUGCAGACUCUUCCCUGUUUAGCAGAGAACCUGAACCUCGCCGGGACGACCGGAAACGUGAACGGUAACAUCGCCGUGCGCUCCAUGACUCUCCAGGGCCAGCCGACCUACAGAGGGCCCAUCCACUGCAUCAGUUCCAUACUGCGGACUGAGGGGAUCCGGGGGCUUUACAGAGGAGCCGGGGCCAUGGUCCUGAGAGACGUCCCUGGGUACACGCUGUACUUCAUCCCCUACGCGUUGUUCCGCCGCUGGCUAUCCUCUGAAGGGAGGUCAUCACCUCAUCCCUGUUCUAUAUGGGUGUCUGGAGGACUGGCAGGUUCUAUCUCGUGGGUCACUGCUACCCCAGCUGACGUGGUGAAGAGCAGACUACAGGCUGACGCUCUCCACGCAAGGAAAUACAGAGGGAUUGUCCACUGCAUCAUCCAGAGCUACAAGACCGAGGGGAUACAUGUCUUCUUCCGCGGAGCCUCAGUGAACGCUAUCCGAGGCUUCCCAAUGAGUGCCACCAUGUUUCUGGGCUAUGAACUCUCUCUGCAGUUCUUCAGGGGUCUCUAGUGUCUACACCAGGAAUAUGAUCCAGUGCAGUAUGUCCACUGAAUGACACGUUAUCUUGACAGCUAUCCUCUUGUCCUUGAACGCCCCCCCAAAGGCUUUCACCUGGAAGAUCAUUUAAAUCCUUGCAAAAAGAAAGUGGGGAGCAACUUGACUUGACAUUUUCUAGUUGAGAAUUAUCUCCACUGUUGCCAUAAUACAAUGUAUUUGUAAAGUGUAAAUACAAAUUUCUUAUGUUAAGAAAAUAUCUUAUUAAAAGUGCCAUACAUGAAUUCACAAAUGCAUACAUUUUAAAUAUGUUGUGCUAUAAUAUAGAGUACCCGUAUGUUUUUAGCUGUACUGCAUAAAUUAACUAGUUAUUCGUCCCCAACCAGUUCUAACCUCAGUAUAUUAUAUGCUGGUUCCAGGCUUUUAAGUUGUAUUUUUUUUUUGAAGUGUUUUAUCUUUGUAAAUAAGUAUAAAGAGAAAUUAAAUGUAAUUCCACAAGGA